CCGAUCUGUCGUCGUUAGAAUUUGAACAUGAUGACACCCUUUUAAAUUCUGACAAUAUUCCACAAACCACAGCAGACAUGAAAGAAGAUAUCCCGAAAUACACGGUAGAAAGAAUCAGAUAUGAAAAUCUUCCUAAAAAAGGUUAUAUCUACCAAUUGGAGCCUAUUUCAUCGGAUACUUCAACAGAUUCUGAUGAAACAAAUGAUAUUAAUGUCGAUUCUACAAAUGAUGAAGUAGACGCAUCUCUUGUUAUUGUGCCAUUCCGAAGAAUAGGAUUUGGUGGUCGUUUCUAUGGCUUACGUAGAGGACUCUUUUACCGGCGUCGUUAUUGGCCAUAUGGCAUAUAUGGUGGAUUUAUUGGACGCAGAUAUUAUAGAAUUUGUUAUCCGACUGCACUUGGGAUGUUUAUAUGUGGUUAUGCUUUCAUUUAA